AACUCGUACCGUUGCGAGUUACUACUUUACAAGCUUCCUUCACAACCCGUCGUUCCCGGACAAGGCAAGAGCAGAUUACGGCACACCAGCACGCACUGUUCUCCCUGUUGCUUCCACAAAGGCCAUUCUGUUCCAGGAUGAACCCCGAGCCAGAAUCCCCAAAGAAACCCGAAGAUGCCGCAAUGGCGGGCAGCGAGAGCAACGGCGGCGGCAGCAGCAGCGAGGAUUCGGAUUCCCGUUCUCUUUUGCAGUCGCAGUUGCACCCGUACACCGUUACGCUCGUCGCCAAGUGGGGAAAAGAACGGCUCGAGCUGCCUUGCCUGCCCCCAAACACCACGAUCGCGGAGGUCAAGGAGAUGCUGGCAGAGCGGACGAACGUCCUGCCCAAGCGGCAGAAACUCGUCGGCCUUUCCACCCUCUCGGGUUCCAGGGUCACGGACGGCCUCGAGCUGUCCUGCCUCAAGCCCAGGUCCAAGUCCAAGGGGGCCAGAGCAGCAGCAGCAAGAGCAGCAGGAACAGCAGCAGCAGCAGCAGGAACAGGAACAGGAACAGGAACAGGAACAGGAACAGCAGCGUCGUCACCAGCAACAGCAACAGCAACAGCAACAACAACACAAGUUCCCUCCGUCCUUCACUCCUUCCUCCUGGUCGGCACCCCCGAGAAGGACAUUUUUGUCGACCCGGGCGACCGAGACCAGAGGCACCUCCCGGAGGUCGUGGACGACUUUGGCCUGGACUUUGGCGCCGGGAGCGAACAGUGGCUGGCCCACGUGGCCACGGGGCAGAACCUCCGCAGGUUCACGGAGUCCACGGCGGUGAGCAUCAUGCACGCGCCAAGGAGGGGCAAGCCGCUCCUGGUCCUGGACCUGGACCACACGCUGCUGGACUUUAGCCGCAAGAGCCUCGAGCGGGCGGGGAGCAACAGCGGCAGCGGAAGCAGCAACAACAGCAGCAACAGCAGCAACCACCUUGGCGGCACCGCUUCCACCACCGCCGAGGCCAUCGAGCGCAUGAAGCGGCCCUACAUGGACGACUUUCUCGCCAGGGCCUACCUCUGCUACGACAUGGUGGUCUGGUCGCAGACCAGCUGGCGGUGGCUCGAAACCAAGCUCAUCGAGCUGGGCAUGCUGGCCAAUCCCCGGUACCGCUUCUGCUUUGUCCUGGACAAGACGAGCAUGUUCGCGGUCACCUCGACGGCCCGCUCCGGCAGGACGAUCCAGCACUACGUCAAGCCGCUGCAGAUCAUCUGGAACAAGUUCCCGUCGGCCUGGGGGGCCCACAACACGGUGCACCUGGACGAUCUCUCCCGGAACUUUGCCCUCAACCCGGCCAACGGACUCAAGGUCACGGCCUUUUACCGCAAGAAGCAGGGCAGCCGGAGGGACGCCGAGCUGCUGGGACUGGCCACCUACCUCGAGAAGCUGGCCAGGGAGGUCGACGACUUUGGCAAGGUGGAGAUGGGGGACUGGCAGGACGUCGUGGCGGGGAAGAAGGACCUCUCCGACACGAUCAAAAAGGAAACGGGAAAGCCCCCGUGAACCCGGGGCAGAAAGAGAAACAGAGUGCAGAGCAGAGCAGAGCAAGGCGAAGCAAUAGCAAUGGCAAUAGCGAAACGAAACAAAACAAAACAAAACGAAACAAAACCCCAACCACGUCCACCCAAACCAGCGCGAAACCACCGCAACCGCAACCAACUCCCACCCACGCAAGGGGAAGCCGGUGGGAAAAAAGAAAACGAAAACGAUACGAGUUGCGGCGUGCGCUGGUGCCGAGGCCGCAGCCCAGCCCAGCGCAACGAGGCAUCGCAUCGCAACGCGGCGCCUUUGCAUCGCACCGGAACCGCAACGAUUUCAUUCCCUCCCUUGGAUCGACGCAUCGAAGCACCAGGCAACACCAUAGAGUUGCGGCAACAAUGUCGCAAUCGAUACGAACAAAUGUACAAUACGAUAGAACACAACACAACACAAUGCAAUGUAAUACAAUACAACACAAUGC